AUGGCCUCAAAUGAUAAUAUGGAUCUCCAACGGGCUUUGGAGGUUUGGAGAAACGCUGAUUUACCAAGUUUACAACAAACACUUUACGAGAGUGUAUUAGAAAUCAAGAAACUAGAAUCCAAAACAUUAGAAACUAAGGAGUUUUUAGCUCAAGAAAUUAAGCAAUUUAAGGCGCUCGAUGAUGAUGGCAAAGUAGCUGAGUUUAAUAAGAUUAUCAAGCGGUUUCAGAGCGAAAUCGACGCGUUGACGUUAAGAUCACAGUUUUCAGAACAAAAAUUGGAUGAGGCAUAUGGGAAAAUAAGGAAUGCUCCAGAUACCAAGUUGCUGCUAAGUUCAACUAUGGAUAUUCUAAACAAGCAGGGUUCUUUAGAUGAACUUGCGCAAGAAAACAAGGAGCUUAAAGAUCGCCUGGCUAAAGUAGCAGACUAUGACAAAUUGAAAGAAAGGAUAUCUGAAUUAGAAGAUAAGUCGGUUAAGAAUCUUACGAAGAGAAUUCUAGCUAAGGAGCAGGAAGUGAACUCGAAAUGGGCUGAGAAGGAUAGGAAUUGGGAAAAGAAGGAAGCUGAGAUGUCGAAACAGCUACAACUUUUAAAGGAUACAAAUAAGUUAAUGGAGGCAAAGUUAUCAAGAAAGGCUGACUUAGCUAAUGAUUCAAGUCCAUCUGAUGAGGAGCAUGAUGGUGGUGUUUCUGUCCAGAGAUCUUCUGCAGAGUUUGACUUACUAGCUCAGGAACUAGAAUCUGCACAGUUACGGAUCCUUGAUCUAGAAACGCGAAAUGAAGAACUGAGUGGUAAUCUAGCCAAAGCAACCAGUAUUGCCGAGCAAGAAUCUGAAAUGUACGCAAAGGACAUGAAAAUAAAUGAACUGGAAAGUGAGAACGCUUUAUUAAGUGCAACCUUGGAUCGUGAGCGUUCUUCAUUGUAUGAGCUUAACAAGCGUAAGGAAGAACACGAAAAGUUGACAGCCCAAAGGCUGUCCUCUUAUGAGAAUGAGAUACAGACAUUAAGACGCACUUUGGCCAAAUAUUCAGACUACGAGCAAUUAAAGCAAGAUUUGGCUGCUUUGAGAAAAAUCGGGUUCGGAGACACUGAUGGUGACGCUGAGAAUGGAGAUGACAAGAGCGUUGACGCUGCCUUGGUAACAGCAAAUAAAAAACUCCAGUCUACUCUCGUAGAAGUACGUGGUAAGAAUCAGGAACUGCAGUCGAUGAACUCAUCAUUGACCACCCGUGUUUCCCAGUUGCAAAAGCAAGUGUUCGAAUUGGAGGAUCUCAAUGCAAAGCUAGAAGCAGAUUUAGGGAAGAUUGAUGAUGUCAGCACCAGAUUUAGCGACACAGCUAGUAUGAUCUCAGGAGUAACCAGGCAGAUUACAAAUAGAACGGGCAGGAUAUCACCUAGUUCAUCCAUCUUUGGAAUACCUGAGGACGGUGAACAAUUAGCUGUCAGUUCUACGACUACAACGGACUCCAUCUUACCAAUUGUCGUCCAGCAGAGGGAUAGAAUACGUAAUAAAAACAUGGAAUUGGAGCGUCAAGUGAAGCAAAAAUCUCUAGACCAGGGCAAAUUAGGACUGGAAAUCCAGCGCUUGAAGAAGGAUAAUCAAAAGCUAUAUGAACGUAUUAGAUACUUAUCUUCAUAUUCAAAGGUCAAUUCUACCUCUCGCCCACAGUCUGCAUCUUCCGAUGUAGAAGCACAGUAUGCAAGUAGCUACGAGGAGUCCUUGCAUCCAUUGGCCAACUUCAAGAAGCUGGAGCAAAGAAGGUACCACUCAAGAAAGAUGUCUCCCCUCGAAAAGGUUUUCUUGACCCUGGCAACUAAGAUUCUAGCCAACAAAACAACAAGGAUGUUGUUUCUGUUCUACUGCUUUGGCCUACACGCCCUAGUCAUGAUGAUGUCGUUAUAUGUCAUACGCUCAUCGGGCAGCACUGUACCAGCGUAA